AGACUCUAGAAAGAGUGCAGAGAAGAGCAACAAAGAUGAUUAGGGGACUGGAGGCUAAAACAUAUGAAGAACGGUUGCAGGAACUGGGUAUGUCUAGUUUAACAAAAAGAAGGACUAGGGGAGACAUGAUAGCUGUGUUCCAAUAUCUCAGGGGCUACCACAAAGAAGAGGGAGUCGGGCUGUUCUCCAAAGCACCUGAGGGUAGAACAAGAAGCAAUGGGUGGAAACUGAUCAAAGAAAGAAGCAACUUAGAACUAAGGAGAAAUUUCCUGACAGUUAGAACAAUUAAUAAGUGGAACGACUUGCCUUCAGAAGUUGUGAAUGCUCCAACACUGGAAAUUUUUAAGAAAAUGUUGGAUAACCAUCUGACUGAGAUGGUGUAGGGUUUCCUGCCUGGGCAGGGGGUUGGACUAGAAGGCCUCCAAGGUCCCUUCCAACUCUGAUGUUAUGUUAUGUUAAGAAAGAGCAGGAAAUCAAAAUUCAAUAAUAUAAUUGAGAUCUGAGGUUGCAAAAAAAAACCAAACACUGUUUUAGGCUCUGUAUGAGGCUCUGAGCCACAGAUUACUCACUUUUUAUUUUAAUACUGCUGACAUAUAAGAGGAAACCCUUAUCAACAUUCUGAAAACUAAGUAUUAGUGAGUCAAACUGCCUUAUACCCUUCACAUAAUCAUAUAUUAUUAUGGUGUACAAUAAGGGAAUUUGCUAAUAUCUUCUUUCUCUUUCUUCUUUCAGGCUACAUUUUACCUUCAGACCGUAAUUUCGUCACCUGUACCUCCUUCCUACUAACUGCUGUUGUGCCCCUGCCAUAAACCCUGCUAUGUGGUUGUAUAUUAGCUGAAUAUCUUUCCAUAUUUGGGGGGUGGGUGGGAAAGGUGAGACAGAAUUUAAGGACAACUUCCCAUCCUUGGAUAAAGUUCUCAUGGAAUGUUUGAUGUAGAGCAAAUAACUAUAUGAGGAAAGUAGCUAUUUUUGAUCCAUGUGACAAUAGUUUCCCCAUGUUGUUUGCAGAAUUGGUUAUUUGAGAGCACACUUGAGUGUAUAUGGACUGUUUUUCCUAUCAGGCAGGAGAGCGCAACUUUUAAGGUAAAGUACUUCUCCCAGACAAGACAGAGAAUGGUAGGACUUUUGUCUUUCCCGAGGAAAUGAAAGUGGACUGAAGAAGCUGAACUCCAAGGGACUGUUUUAUUGUCUGAUUCCAAAGCUAGCUAUAUAAUGCUGCUGUGGUUCAUGCCCUGAGAUGGCCAAAACAGGCACCGAUGAACCUCAGUUAUCACAAGAAACAGACUGUGGGGAGCCCAUUUCACAGAUCAAAAAUGAAUGGUCAGUGGCAAAGAAAGACUCUCAGAACACAGUAAAAAUUGAAGUAAUUUGCACAGAUGAUGGCGAAAGUUCUACGCACAGCACUGCUGAGGAGCCAGCACGCAAACGCAAAAAGGGACCUGCCCCCAAGAUGUUGGGGGAUGAAGUCUGCAGUGUGUGCGGGGACAAGGCCUCGGGUUUUCACUAUAAUGUCCUGAGUUGUGAGGGUUGUAAGGGCUUCUUCCGGCGCAGCCUCAUCAAAGGAGCUCAGUAUACCUGCAAGGGCAGUGGGCAGUGCCACAUGGACAUGUACAUGCGCCGGAAGUGCCAGGAAUGCCGGUUGAAAAAAUGCCGACAAGCAGGCAUGCGGGAAGAAUGUGUCCUUUCAGAAGAGCAAAUCCGCAAGAAGAAAAUCUCUAAGCACGAGGGUGAUGGGGUUCCAGCUGGGGAGAGAGAUGGAGGCGAAGUACUGCGAGUACCUCCGUUGCUCUGUGAUCCUGCUUUAUCUCAGCCUGAGCCAGUUCCUCUUACCCCACAGCAGGAGGGCAUGAUCCAGCAGUUGGUGGCGGCCCAACAGCAGUGCAACAAGAGGAGCUUUAGCGAUCAGCCCAAAGUCACGCCCUGGCCAAUGAGCAGCGACCCCAACAGCCGGGAGGCACGCCAGCAACGCUUUGCCCAUUUUACAGAAUUAGCCAUCAUCUCAGUGCAAGAGAUUGUGGACUUUGCCAAGCAAGUACCCGGCUUCCUGCAGCUCUCACGGGAAGACCAAAUCGCACUGCUAAAGGCUUCUACCAUUGAGAUCAUGUUACUAGAGACAGCCCGGCGCUAUAAUCAUGAGACUCAGUGCAUUACAUUUCUUAAAGAUUUUACAUACAGCAAAGAUGACUUUCACCGUGCAGGUCUUCAGGUCGAAUUCAUCAACCCCAUAUUUGAGUUUUCCCGGGCCAUGCGACAGUUGCAGCUGGAUGAUGCUGAAUAUGCCCUCCUCAUUGCGAUUAACAUCUUCUCUGCUGACAGGCCGAAUGUGCAGGACCAUGGCCUGGUAGAGGCAUUGCAGCAGCCCUACAUUGAGGCCCUCAGUUCUUACAUCCACCUCAAUCGCCCACAGGACCACCUGAUGUUCCCCCGCAUGCUGAUGAAGCUGGUUAGCCUGCGGACAUUGAGCAGCGUGCACUCAGAGCAGGUCUUUGCUCUGCGCCUUCAAGAUAAGAAGCUUCCGCCGCUUCUGUCUGAGAUCUGGGACGUCCACGAAUAAGAGCUUUUGAAUGGACUGGGGAAGAGGCAGACCUCUCCCAACAGCACCAGCAGGCAUGUUUCCCAUAGCAAGUCUUUGGAUUCAGCAUAAGCCUUACAAUGGCUGGACUGGGAUCCUGCCAAAAGAACUGAGUCAAGUGAGCUACUACGCACUUUUGUUUUCUCCUCCUUCCCAAACAGUCGUCAUCUUUCUUCCAUUGCUUCAGAUUUGGGGGAGGGGGGAGGGGAGGUCAGUCACUACCUUCCUUCUGAGUGGGAAGAGGGAGAAGUAAAAAAAAAACAAAAAACUUUCUUCCAAAGACUGCACUCCCCCUUAUUUGUGAACAGCAAACAGCUGUGCCCUGCAACAUUAACUUAACUGCAGUGAUUCACUUAACAUCCAUGGCAAGACAACCAAGAAUGAUUUCUCCUUAAGGAGAGAAGAGUUUUACAGUGAAAAUAAGUGGGGGUUGCCAUAUGUAGUACCUGGUGUAUGGGGCAAAUACCCAGAAGAAAUAAACUGGUCGUGAAAAUGAA